GUCUUAAAUAAACUGAAGUUUAUGGAUUUAAUUCUAUUUUAAAGCAAUUAGAAAGUUAUCGGUUAGCCUUUGUUUAAAGAAAGUGAAAGGAAAAUUACACACCAACAUGAUGAAUGAGAGCAAUCAAGUAGUGGAAAUGAAGGUCGAGUUAAGUUCAGCGGAAGAACAGAGGCUUCAAAAGCGAAGAGGUCUUAUUUAUCAAAUGAUAAUGAGUCUGUUUGCAAAUGUAUCUAUUCUUGGACCAGCAAUGAGUCUAGGAUAUAGCGCUGUUAUUCUUCCAACUCUUCGGUCAGGUGAAAGUGAUUUAACAGUUGAUGAGAAUCAAGCAUCAUGGAUAGCUGGAGCAGCAGCUUUUGGUACUCCAAUUGGAUGCAUUUUAUCAAGCUUCAUCAUGAGAAGAGGACGACGAUUAAGUUUAAUGGUCACAUCAACUUUUUCUCUCAUUGGAUGGCUUUUGAUAUAUAUGGCACCGAAUUAUGAAAAAUUGGUGGUUGGAAGAGUUGUUUCAGGAGUUGCAACUGGUUUAGCUUCUGUACCAGCAACCGUUUAUACAGCAGAAAUCGCUACACCUGCAUGGAGAAGUACAAUGGUUACUUGGAGUAGUAUAUCAAUCGCUUUGGGAAUUUUAUUAGUAUAUGUCUUUGGAUACAUAAUUCAAGACAAUUGGCGAUUAAUUGCUCUUAUGUGUAGUCUUUUCCCUACAGUAGCAAUUAUCUUGAUAAUAUUAGCAAUUCCAGAGUCUCCCAUCUGGUUACGUAAUAAAGGCCGUCUAGAUGAAGCUCGAGUGGUAAUGAAAAAAUUUCGUGGAGUGCCAAAAAAUCAUUCGAUAACUGUAGAAAUUGAAAAAGAACUUUAUAAUUCUCAAAAUAAUAUAAACAAUUCAGAAAAGCGGUCAUUAUUAAAACACUUGACGAAAACAAGCUCCCUAAAGCCAUUUUUCAUCAUGUUAGCAUACUUCUUCUUCCAACAAUUUUCUGGAAUUUUUGUCGUAGUUUUUUAUGCUGUAGACAUUACCGCAGAAGCUGGAAUAAAAAUGGACGCAUACUUAGGUGCUAUACUAAUCGGAAUUACUCGACUUGCUGGAUCCAUUCUUGUAGCUUGUGCUUCUAAGAAAUGGGGUAGAAGAAUACCAUCAAUUGCAUCGGGUAUUGGCAUGACACUUUGUAUGGGAAUACUCUCAAUUUAUCUAUUCCUCGUCAAUCGAGGGCAUUUCAUUGGCGAUCGUGGUUUAAUACCAGCAAUCUGUGUCCUCGUAUACAUUUUUAUGAGUACCAUUGGAUUUUUAACUUUACCUUUUGCAAUGGUAGGUGAGAUCUUCCCAGUGAAGGUCAAGGACAUCCUCUCUGGAAUUAGUACUUGCGCUGCAUACAUUUUCAGUUUCAUUACUGUUAAGUCUUACCCAGAUAUGUUGAAUUCAAUGGGUAAACACGGAGUGUUUUUAUUUUAUGCUUUAGCAUCUUUAGCUGGUACAAUUUUUGUUAUUUUUUGCUUACCUGAAACCAAGGGUAAAACUCUUCAUGAAAUAGAUGAACUAUUUUCAAAAAAACGAAGAUUUACACUCCAGAUUCAAGAAGAAAAAGAAAAAAUGUUCCCUCCUAAGGACUCGACUACUGAUGGUGUUUAAAAAUGAUACAAGAUUUAAGGCGGGCCAGACACCUGUGUGAGAUGGAUGUCUGGAAAAAGAGAUUACCUAAAAAUAUUCAUCACAGUUCCAAUAAAAAACAGCCAAGUAUUAUCUUAAUCUAAAGAUGAUAUGAUAGAAUAUACUCAAUACAAAUAUUCAUAAGCUACGUACUAAGUUUUUACAUAUUUGAUGUAUUAAUCGUACUACACCUUCCUACAAUGAAUUUAUAUUUUAGGCUGUGCAGUUAAAAAUGUACAUAAAUAUGUAUUGUAAUGCUAUUCAAGCCAAAGACAUUGCAUUAUUCAUAGACAAUUGAUAAGUUACAAAUCACAUGUGUUCAUAAUUUUAUUACUAUAUAAAUAAGUUAUUUAUAGAUUUAUUAUACUAUUAAAAAAAAAAAGUGAACAACA